AUGUCUUCACGGGAAACCUACGAUGUGGCUGUUAUCGGAGGUGGCCCUAUUGGGCUGUGUGCGGCCUACGAAGUAGCGAAGUCCGGUCGUUCGGUUGUUGUGCUGGAACAGAGUAAUUUUUUCAAUCAGGCUGGCAGCUCCAACGACCUUGCGCGUAUGUUCAGGACCAUGUAUACAGAAGAUUACAUGGCCGACCUAGCGUACGCGGCUAUGUCACUUUGGGAUGAGCUGGAGUCCGACGCUGGAGACGAUAACCUCCGCCUUAUGACCGGGCUGUUGAACUUCGGUGAUCCAAAUUAUGGCGAGGGUGGCCCAGAAGGCACUCUGAUGGGGCCAGUGAAGAACCUGGAUCGACUGAAUAUGAGCUAUAAAAAACUUAGCAGAGAUGAUAUUGAACGAACUUACCCAUUCCGCAACCUGCCCGACAAUUACAUAGGGAUCUUCGCUCCCGACAACGGGAUAAUCAACGUCCCCCUCCUAGUGAGAACUCUCUAUCGCCUUGCGCAGGAUUAUGGGGCCAAGCUACAACAGUACACCAAGGUAACGAAGCUGGAGCCGGACAGCGAGGGUUGGUCGGUCACCGUUUCUCGCCCGGUGGUGUAUCAUGUUCAAAAGCUCAUUAUCACUUCUGGGGCAUAUGUGAAUCAUGUCAUCCGCCCUAGCUUCGACAUCCAGCUGAGACUCGAUAUCUGGGAGAUGGUGGCGAGCUACUUCAGUGUCAAUGCUGGCCCACGAGGAAGGAUAUUUCCCAGCAUGUGGUUUCAGUUCCAAGACGACAUUGGGGGACGCUCCCAGCUCUUCUAUGGGUUUCCGGCGCUUCCCUGGGGCCCACCAAACGUUGCACGGAUUGCAGUUGACGCUGCCACUCGUCGGAUUUCAGAUCCCGAUGAGCGGGAGACGAACGUUGUCAAUCCCUCCGAUAUUGCAAACACUCAAAGUUACAUCCAAAAAAAUAUCGCUGGAGUGGAUUCAUGCGCAGACAACAUGUUUGUAAUGGACUUCAUUCCUGAGGAGCACCUAAAGGGCGGUGCCGCUAAGUCCGUGGUCUUGUUCACCGCUGGCUGGGGCAUGAAGUUUGUCCCGCUAAUAGGACGUGCUUUACGGGAGUUGGCGCUCGGUGGGCAGUCCGAAUACGCCCGCCCAGAGUUUUCCAUCACAAGAAAGGAUCCAAAAACCGGCGAAGGAUUGAUCGACAAGGCUGGCUCUCAGCCAACGACUCCAGGUCCAUUUAGGUAUCCAGCGCAAGGCUCCAGUGGCAGAAGGAUGUGA